UCUAAUCCUUUUUGUUGUUGUUGUAUAGCCAACUGAAAACCAAUAUGCCCAGAAGCUGCUUGGAAGCUACUGCCGCCACAUCUAAAAGUGGCAUCUACAAGAUUCAAGUUGGAAGCCUUAGCGAAAGCCCAUUUGAGGUGUGGUGUGAUCAGGAUACCGACUUCGGCGGUUGGACCGUCAUACAGCGGCGUGUAAGUGCUGAUGUGGACUUUUAUAGGAAUUGGACGGACUAUAAGGUCGGUUUCGGCAACUUGGCGGAUAACUAUUGGAUCGGGCUCGAUAAGCUGCAUGCAAUCACUAUAAGCUGUGAACAUGAGUUGUACAUAAAAAUAGAAACCUCCGAUGGUGUGAAAUACUAUGCGAAAUACAGUAUAUUCGUU